AUGCCCGUCACCGAAAUCAUCCUCCUGCGGCACGGCCACCGACUAGCAUGGACACUAGACCCGACGACAGGGAAAUACACAUCCUCACACCCGUUCCCGACACGACUCCCCGCCGACCCACCGCUGGCAUCGCACGGCGUGCAGCAGGCAGUCGAGACAGGCGAAUACUUCGGAUCCACGUCCGGCUCGGGCUCACUGGCCGAGCUCGUCAAGCAAGACCGGCUGCGCAUCUACUCCAGCCUGUUCUACCGGUGUCUGGAGACGCUGCGGCCGACGGUCGAGAAGCUGCGGGAGAUCCAGCUGACGGAUUCGAUCUCACGGGUGCAGAAACACAGUCCGCUCCUGGUGCGCGGGGAGAGGGGCAUUGGCGAAUGGUUCGGGAAAGCCUGGUUCGUGCAACCUGCGCCUGCGGACCCGGCGAGAUUGAAGAAGGACUUCUUCCCCUGGGUCGACGCGGCGUAUCGCUCCAAGGUCGUGCCGUCGGAUCAUGGUGAGCGGAUCGAGGCACUGCAUGAUCGGCUGGCGUUGGCGCUUGCGACCGUCGUCCAGGAUGUGGAUCGUGAGUAUGUUGAGGCGGGCAGGGGGAGUGAACAUGUCACGCUACUGUUGUGUGGCCAUGCCGCGCAGAUUAUCGCUAGUGGGCGUGCGCUUACGGGUUUGAUGCCGGAGGAUCACGACGAGGAGGAUUUCAAGUGCUUUACCUGUGGGGUCAGUCGGUUUGUGAGGAGGACAGUUCCUGUGGCGAGCGAUCAGGAGGCAACUGUGGAGAAGUCACAGUAUUUCUGCGAGGACUGGCGCAAUGGAUCUGGCGUGGCGGGCGGUUGGGACUGUGUCGCGAAUAGUGAUUGUGGACAUUUGAGCCAGGGUGAAGAGCGAGGUUGGCAUUUCCACGGUGAUGAGAGCUUUGAUUCCUAUGAGAGUGCACAGGGUCUUGGUUUGAAGGAGGCGGUUGGUGAGGUGCCGAGUCAUAAAUUAUAG